AUUUGACGUUGUGGAGAUUUCUCAGCCGCUUGGAGGUGUCGGCGCCAAGCAGCCGAAGCAUCGGUUCUGCGCCGAAAUUGCCUUCUUCGUCACCUGAGAAGCCUGAGAUGGCCUUCAACCGACAUUGCUUGACGGCGACGGUAGGCUCCGCCAGAUCUCCUUGGCAAAGCAGGAAAGCAGUACUGUACUGUGAACGCGCUGUUGCCUCCGAAAUCGUAGCAUCAUCAUGUAAUCCAGCCUGGCUGGGCCUUUUGAAAAUUCACGCAAGUGGCCAAAACGAAUCCACCUCAUAAGCAGCACGAAGACCGAUUUUCUUGAAGGAACAUACACAACAUCAGGGAUUUUCAGGUGAACUCGACAAGACGCCAGAGACGGCGAAAGCAUACAUAACACCGAGACAAUAUCCAUCACAAAUGCGGUCGUCAACGUUCUUUACCACAGGUGUCCGAAGGGCACUUAGGCCUAGUUUCAGAUUAUCUUUGGAACUUCAGUCACGGCGCUCACGGCACGCGAGAGCCACGGAAUAUCUACAGUGUCAUGAUCCAGAUCUGACGGAAUCGCAACGUACAGUUCGGGAGUCCAUCGCAAAGAUAUGCGAAAACUUUCCCGAUGAGUACUGGGCUAAGCAAGAGACAUCGAAGAAGUUCCCGACAGAGCUCUACGAUACCCUCGCAAAAGAUGGCUGGCUGGGUAUCUGUAUGCCUGAACAGUACGGUGGAUCGGGAUUGGGUAUUGCAGAGGCUGCCGUCAUGAUGCAAACCAUCUCGGAAUCUGGCGGCGGAAUGACGGCAGCAUCGUCAAUUCACAUGAAUAUCUUCGGCCUGGAGCCAGUAGCAAAAUUCGGCUCAGACGAACAGAAAGAACGCUGGCUCGUUCCUCUCAUUGCUGGCAAGGAGAGAGCUUGUUUUGGUGUGACUGAGCCAAAUACUGGUUUGGACACUUUAAAGCUCCAGUCAUCUGCCACGAAAGAUGGGGAUGAGUACGUCUUGUCUGGGUCCAAGAUCUGGAUAUCGACAGCCCAGAAUGCACAGAAGAUCCUUAUCCUAGCUCGAACGACGCCGCUCGAUCAAGUGAAAAAGCCCUCUCAGGGCUUGUCACUAUUCUACACCGACUUGACGGAUGCCGUGGAGAUUACGGAAAUUCCUAAGAUGGGACGAGCUGCUGUCGAUACUAACACAUUGUUCUUCGAUGGCUGGAGAGUACCGGCCAGAGAUUUAGUCGGCAAGGAGAAUGAAGGCUUCAAAAUGAUCAUGCACGGUAUGAACGCUGAACGAAUUCUCAUCGGUGCCGAGGCUCUGGGCCUGGGCUACGCAGCCCUCAGAAGAGCCGCCGUCUAUGCAAACGACCGAGUAGUCUUUGGCAGACCGAUCGGAAAGAAUCAAGCAAUUCAGCACCCACUUGCUGACAGCUGGAUGAAACUCGAGUCUGCCAGACUUAUGCUAUAUCACGCGGCCAAGAUGUACGAUCAAGGAUAUGAAGCCGGAGAGUAUGCCAAUGCCGGAAAGUACUUGGCUGCCGAGGCUGCAUUCGAGGCAUGCGAGCGAGCUGUCAUGACCCAUGGAGGUAUGGGCUACGCCAAAGAAUACCACGUCGAACGGUAUCUGCGCGAGGUCUUCAUCCCUCGCAUCGCGCCUGUUAGUCGAGAAAUGAUUUGUAACUACAUAGGUGAGAGGGUGUUGGGCCUGCCAAAGUCCUACUAGACAUGGCCGAUGAUACCAAUAUAAUUAGCGAGUUAUCCAACAUUGUCAACCAAUCCUCUGCUGUUGUGAGGAACAUGCCGAUCUCAUGGAACACAUCUUGACGCAUUUGAGACCUCCCGUAAGGACAGAGUCUGAGGCAGUGGAAGUGGUUGGACCGUGCUAGGCUGUGCAAUAAUUCUCCAUGACAGCCUCUCCAAGUGUCUGCUCCGUACCCCGUGUCAUCGACCAGUAAAGCAGGCUUCCGCUAAUAAGGUAGUAUAAACGUUGAUGGCG